UAUGAUUUAAAGAUAUAUUUUUUUAACUUUAAUGACAUUUAAAUAUCUACCAGAGCGAUUUUAACACUUUCUUUAUGAGGCGGAGAUCUUAUAUAAUUUUAUUUACUUAUUAUCGUGUAAGAGCAAAGCAUUAAAAUGUUAGUAGAAAUAACACUAAUAGUAACGGCAGCGAAACUAUUUUUUAUGCCACUGUAUCGGUCUACGGAUUUUGAAGUACAUAGAAAUUGGCUUGCUGUUACAAAUAAUCGUACAAUCGAUCAAUGGUAUUAUGACGAGACUUCAGAAUGGACACUAGAUUAUCCACCAUUCUUUGCUUGGCUGGAGUAUGGUCUGUCUCAUAUAGCAAAAGUUUUUGACCCAGAGAUGGUGAAAUUAGAAAAUUUAAAUUAUGCUUCAGAUAUGACUGUUUUAUUUCAAAGAUUAUCAGUCAUAGUGUUGGAUUUUGUUUUUAUAUAUGGCACUAAAAGUUGUUCACAGCUUUUAAAUGAAGGCAACCUCCUCGUAUUUAUACUUCUAGUUACCAAUCCUGGGCUUCUGAUGGUUGACCAUAUUCACUUUCAGUAUAAUGGAUUUUUAUUUGGAAUUCUAUUGUUGUCUAUAUCAAACAUGAUAACAAGCAACUUCAUAGCCACAGCAUUUUGGUUUGCAGUGCUACUCAACUUUAAGCACAUAUUUUUGUAUGUGGCACCGGUCUAUGUGGUCUAUAUGUUAAGAGCAUACUGCUUCACAGUAUCUUCAAAUGAUGGUGUGCAUACACCUUGGUAUUCAUUCUCACUGACAAAUCUGAUAAAACUGGCUUUAACUGUUAUAUCAGUAUUUUGUUUAUCAUUUGGACCCUUUAUUGAUCAAUUACCACAGGUUUUUUCAAGACUGUUUCCUUUUAAAAGAGGAUUGUGCCAUGCCUAUUGGGCUCCAAAUUUUUGGGCUCUAUACAAUAUUGCUGAUAAAAUUUUACAAAAGUUAUGUCUUAAGUUUGGUAUCCCAGUCGCGAUAACGGAAGCUUCAAUGACAGGUGGAUUGGUACAAGAAUUUGAGCAUGCUGUCUUGCCAACAAUAACACCGAGCAUUGCUUUUGCGAUUACUGCAAUAUCAAUGAUUCCUGCUCUUAUCAAACUUUGGCACCUGGGAGCUGAUAGAGGAUAUAGAUGCUUAAGUUUUGUUAGAUGUUUAACAUUGUGUGCUACUUGUGCAUUUAUGUUUGGAUGGCAUGUGCACGAAAAAGCUAUACUCAUGAUCUUAAUCCCCCUCAGUUUUCUCUCCGUUCUGGGCGACAUUGACUGUAACUUAUUUUUAUUUAUAUCUGUGGUUGGAAACUACUCAUUAUUUCCUUUAUUGUACCCGAAAAAUUUGCUGUCUAUUAAAAUCUUCAUACUUUUGACUCAUAUAGCUAUUGCAUUUUGUUAUAUACCAGCAUUAUAUGAACUUAUUAGGAUUAAACCUCACAAGAAAAGAGGUUUUAUGAUUCUGCCUGGCCUGAAGAGAUUUCAGUCUUUGUAUUUGUAUGGAUUUAUGGCAGUAUGUAUUUAUGAGAAUUCCAUACAUACAUUUUUGGGAUUUGAUAAAACUUUACCAUUCCUGCCUCUAAUGAUUACUUCAGUUUACUGUGCAUUAGGCGUUUGUUACUUCUGGUUCUACUAUUACUACUAUUUUCUUACAUUUAAUUUAAGUAGAGUUCCUACUUUAAUGACAAGUAGAUCAGCACAAUAUGAAAAAAAAGUUACAUAAGUUAUACCAAAUACUAUUAUUUAAUGUACAUGUUAAUUUUAUUAUAAAAUAUAAAAAUAAAAAUAAUUUAUGAUUA